AUGAGUUUGCAUGGUACUUAUCUCAAUGCGCAACAGGGCUCCCGACCGCUGUUUUUCGUGACGCAUUCGCUUGGGGGACUCGUGGUGGAAGACAUGCUUCUCGGUGCGAAAAACAGCGCCGAAGAGCAUCACAGACUUGUUCUGGAGUCUACCAGAGGCAUCUGCUUCAUGGGAACACCGCACUGCGGGUCGCAGAUCGCCGACUGGGCAAAAGUGUGUACGUCGGUAGUCAAGCUGGUGAAGAGGCUGAAUGAGUCGCUCAUCACCGUCCUCCAACCCGAGUCCGAAGUCCUAGCUCGAGUUCAGCAAGAUUUCCAUACGAUGCUCAGGGCUCGCAACGACGCGGGAAAGCACAAGAUCAGGAUUACCUGCUUCUUCGAAGACCUCGACACACCGGGCGUUGGCGCAGUCGUUCCCAAGCAUUCAGCCAUUUUGCCAGCGUACAGCCCCUUCUCCGUACCAGCCGGCCAUUCGGGCAUGACCAAGUUCUCGGACGCCCAAGCAGUGGGCUACGAGCGGGUUUCCAACGAGUUGUGGAUCUGGAAUCGGGACCUGCGAGUGAUCGUGCCGUCAGUCUCCGCAACUCCAGUCUUCGGUCAGUCGACCAACUCGCAAGAGCAGCCUCAGCUUCUCCUGGCCCAGAGAGAGCACCAGCCCGCGGGAAACUUCUACCAAGGCUCGAUGACAAAUGUGGAUCAGGUGUUUCAAGGUAGUACCAUAGGUACAUUCCACUUCAGCAGACCGUGA